CUCAUCCGCCAUCGUCACUCUUUCUUCCUUCCUCUCCUCCUCCUCAUCCUCAUCCUCAUCCUCUUUCCUGUCCUUUCCAUCUCCAUCACCAUCUCACCGAUCCGUAACCAAUCCGGAAUCCCCAUCUUCUUUUCUCUCAGCUCCAUCCGCCGGCCCAGGCAAAUUGAUUACACCCACCACUCCUUGGCUGGGCCUGGCUUUUGGCGCAUCUUCGCCUCGUCGGUCGACUGUUGUUUCGGAAACCGCUGACCCGCCGCGAGGAUUUGUCGGUUCACCAUUAAGCACAAAGAGCCUUCGUCUUAAGAUUCCUGUGCACCCGGUAGCGCCAAAAGCGACAAACCGGACGGACGCGUGAUAGCUUCGCUUUUACAUUUCGCAACACUAACCUGGCCUCCCGCGCAUGGCCGGCGGUCGCCCAUCUGUGAUAGUUCAUGUUCAUCUGACACAAUCCUUUCUUCUUUCAUCUCUUUCACUCUUACUGUUGGCAUCGUGAAGCGUUCGCCGCCGCGUUUUUCGGCACACGCGGCCACCAUGACAGGAGCUCCGCCAUUUAAUCCCCAGUCCCCUACCCAGCAGCACCGUUAUCCUGCUUACUCCCCUCCAAACAAGAGCCGCCCCUUUUAUCCCAACAAUGACCAAUACCAGCAGCAUCCUCCCCAGACGCCUCCUGCGUUUCCUCCGCAGACCACCAUGUCCCGGAGCCCUCACUAUUCACAUGCGUCUCCUUUGCCGGCGACCCUCCCGCCAUUGAACGGGAGUGCACCUCCGCCGCAUCCUCCAGACCCUUCAUCACAGUUCCAGGCCCAUUCGUCAGCUGGAACUCCCCAGUUUCCUCUUCCUCGGCCCUAUUCUGGGUCCGUCUUAUCAGGCAACGGCGCAUCUCCUUAUGGUCCCUCCACUCCAUCUCAUGCCCAUCCGACUGGCAGGCCUGAAAGCCAUCCGCAACUAUCCCCAAAGAAAGACACAGAAACAUCGUAUCUAGGUGGCCCUGGUGUUACUGGGUAUCCGUCGUCCAUUAUGAGAGAACCGAAGCCGACCUCCCCUCCGAAGGAAGCAAAGCCUGCCAGGGCUGCCGACCCCAUGUCCUUCGCUAGUAUUUUAUCUGGGCCGGCCGAAGAGCGCUCACCUCCUAAACGACAAUCCCCGCCACCAGAGACGACACCGGCACCGGUCAUAUCAACACCACGGGAAGCAACGCAGCUUAGCCCGCCGCCCCCAGCUCAUGUUCCUCCGUCACGCCAAAGCGUGAAAGAGCAGGAACAAGUAUUACCCAGGCUGGAGAAAAAGCCGAGCUCAGAGAAACGCCGUCGCAACGCUGAGCAGGACAACAAAGCGAGUGAACCCUUGAACGGUAUUUCAACCAACGGUAUUCUUGAGACAAUCAAGGCGUCUACUCAGCAAUGGGCCUUCCUCGAACGCCGUACGGUUUUGUCCGAACGGGAGUCGGAAGCCGUCAACAAACUUAUGGUGGAGAUUGACAAUGCGGAAAAAAGUGAUGUGGAAGCCCCUGGGUUCGAAGAAGAGUACGAACAGUACAAAUUGCAAUGUAAGAGACGGGCCUUGCAUGCCUUGAAAGAAGAGGGCGUAAAGCGCAAGGUAAGCCGUUGUUAUCUACGUUUGCAUGUAAAACUCUACUUACACAAGAUACAGCGUCGCCGAAAUGCGUUCCUGAUCAACCUUGGCAAGUCUCUUGAGAAGCAGGCCUCUGCGGGUAUGGACCGGUUUCGGAUUGCCAAUGAGGCCUCCGUCAUCUCAGAGGUCCAAGCCAAAGAAAUUCAGGAUGAGAAGGAGCGUAAGAAGGACAUGCAGAGGAAGCGUCGUAGGGAAAACACGGUACGGUUGGAGAUGCAGAAAAAACUUGAGGCCGAGCGCAAAGCGAAUAAGGCUCAAGACUCUGCUGAGAAAGCCAAGUUUUUACGUGAAGCAGAACGGGCACAGAGGAAAAUCAAGACAACCAAGCGAGCCCUGGAGGGUGUCACAGCGCCUGAAGAGAUUGGUGAGGUCACCCCGCUGGCACCAAACCUCGAAGGUGGCACUACCAGCUCUUUCCACAUUGGCCGGAGCUCCCCAUCGAGAAGGAAAUCGGGACGUGGAGGUCCUGUUACACGGCCCAAGAAAUCAAAGGAGCAAAAGCAAGCCGAGAAAGAUGCGGCAGAGGCCGCCUAUGCCGCCAUGGAAAAUGAUGAGCCACUUCCUCUUGCACCCAAAGAAGAUCCGCGGAAGGAAUCUCUUAAGAAGGAAGCUAAAGGCAGCCGUUCCAAGGAGAGUAGCCCCGCACCCCUGUCCGCCUUUGAAACAAAAGGCUACAAUCAGAUUUAUGAACAAAUCUGGCGAGAUAUUGCUCGUAAAGAUAUUCCCAAGGUCUACCGCAUUAAGGCCCUCUCGCUCAGUACCCGCCAGGAGAAUCUGCGCAAGACUGCUCAGCUAGCCAGUAAGCAGUCUCGGAAGUGGCAGGAACGUACGAAUAAGAGUAUGAAGGAUACCCAAGCCCGGGCCAAGCGGACUAUGCGUGAGAUGAUGUCAUUUUGGAAGCGCAACGAGCGUGAAGAGCGUGACCUACGCCGCCUUGCUGAAAGACAAGAAAUUGAGUCGGCCAAGAAAGCUGAAGCAGAGCGCGAGGCCAACCGCCAGAGACGUAAACUCAAUUUCCUUAUAUCCCAAACCGAACUAUACUCUCACUUCAUUGGUCGCAAAAUCAAGGGUGCCGAGGGAGACGCUGGUGAUACUGCUGUUGAUGGAUCGGAUGAAACAGUUAAAUCUAGUAAAGACCAAGAACAUGCUGUGGAUCUGCCCCCCAGCGUUGCGGAUACUGGCGCUAAGGUGACCAAUUUUGAGGACCUCGAUUUCGACGCAGAAGAUGAAACGGCUCUACGACAGGCAGCAAUGGCCAACGCGCAGAAUGCCGUUAAGGAGGCUCAAGACCGAGCGCGAGCCUUCAAUGACGGACAGGACCAGAUGGCUGCUUUGGACGAGGGUGAAUUGAACUUUCAAAACCCUACGAGUUUGGGUGACAUUGAGAUUUCGCAACCCACCAUGCUCACGGCGAAAUUGAAAGAAUAUCAGCUGAAGGGUCUCAAUUGGCUUGUCAACUUAUACGAACAAGGUAUCAACGGUAUCUUGGCCGACGAAAUGGGUCUGGGAAAGACCAUUCAGUCUAUCUCUGUCAUGGCCUAUCUCGCCGAAGUUCACAAUAUCUGGGGCCCAUUUUUAGUCAUCGCGCCCGCCUCGACCCUACACAAUUGGCAACAGGAAAUUACCAAGUUUGUUCCUGACAUUAAAGUUCUUCCUUACUGGGGCUCAGCAAAAGACCGCAAGAUUCUUCGCAAGUUCUGGGACCGCAAGCACAUCACGUACACCAAGGAGUCCGAAUUCCACGUGCUAGUGACAUCCUACCAGUUAGUGGUCCUUGAUGCCCAGUACUUCCAAAAGGUUAAGUGGCAAUAUAUGAUUCUGGAUGAAGCCCAGGCAAUCAAAUCCUCACAAAGCUCCCGUUGGAAAAACCUCCUGGGGUUCCACUGUCGUAACCGCCUCCUCCUUACUGGUACGCCUAUUCAAAAUAACAUGCAGGAGCUGUGGGCGUUGCUCCACUUUAUCAUGCCCACCUUGUUUGAUUCCCAUGACGAAUUCAGCGAGUGGUUCUCCAAAGAUAUCGAGUCUCACGCUCAAAGUAACACCAAGUUGAAUGAAGACCAGCUGAAGCGUCUCCACAUGAUUUUGAAGCCCUUCAUGCUUCGUCGUGUUAAAAAGCACGUCCAGCAGGAGCUUGGGGACAAGGUUGAGAAAGAUGUCUUCUGUGAUCUGACCUACCGUCAGCGAGCCUAUUACACUAACUUGCGAAACCGCGUCAGCAUCAUGGACCUUAUCGAGAAGGCUGCUAUUGGCGAUGAAGCCGACAGCACGACGUUGAUGAACUUGGUCAUGCAGUUCCGGAAGGUUUGUAAUCAUCCAGACCUAUUCGAACGCGCGGAAACGAAAUCACCCUUCUCUGUCGCACAUUUCGCGGAAACGGCAUCCUUCGUCCGAGAAGGCCAAAACGUCGAUGUCGGUUACUCGACACGUAACCUGAUCGAAUAUCCUUUGCCACGCCUUCUAUGCGGCUCUGGCGGCCGUGUCGAUGUAGCAGGUCCCGGUAAUCUACACGCCGGCUUCCGUGGCAAGUACCUGGCUCACUUGAUGAACAUCUUCGCCCCGGAGAACAUCAAGCAUAGUGUCGAACACGGUGGUACAUUUUCUUUCCUACGCUUUGUCGACACUUCCAUAAACGAAGCGUAUGAGCAGUCCCAUCAGGGUAUCUUUGAGCGGGCGGUUCGCCGGCGCGGGAAACCCAACAGAUUGUCUCGGCUCAACGUAGUCUAUGAUGACGAUGAAACAACGAUGACAUCCGCUCUUCCCCAUACCAUGUUCAACAUCGUCGAACGUAACGACCAAUAUGCUGUUAAUGAUGUCACGACAGAGGGAUACAUGCGGGAGUUAACGACCGUGGCACAGUCCGCCUUUGAGCGUGAAGGUCUCGGCAUCAUCGAGCCUUGUGUCAGUCCCGCAGCAUCUGCGCCUCCGAUUACCGUCUCCUCUUCCAGUCGAGCACCUCUGAAUGAAAUGAAUGAUAGCCUACUCAACGUCUCAGUUCGACAUGCCUUGUUCAGCACGCCUUCUAAGCAACUUGAACAGCACAUUCUUGAAAAGAAGCUGGACCCUAUCCCUUACUCACUCCCGCCAAUGCUGCCGCAGCCAAUAUCUAUCAAAGGACGCUACACGCACAUUGAAGUACCAUCUAUGCGUCGAUUCGUUACGGAUUCGGGUAAAUUGGCCAAGCUAGACGAGCUAUUGCGAGAACUUAAGGCAGGCGGUCACCGUGUGCUACUAUACUUCCAGAUGACACGCAUGAUUGAUCUAAUGGAAGAGUACUUGACCUACCGCAAUUAUAAGUAUUGUCGCCUAGACGGAAGUACGAAAUUGGAAGACCGUCGCGACACGGUGGCAGACUUCCAGCAGCGUCCAGAAAUCUUCGUCUUCCUUCUGUCUACUCGUGCUGGUGGUCUGGGUAUCAACUUAACAGCAGCAGACACGGUUAUCUUUUAUGAUUCGGACUGGAACCCUACCAUUGACUCUCAAGCUAUGGAUCGUGCUCACCGUCUCGGCCAGACGAGACAGGUCACGGUGUAUCGCUUGAUUACUCGCGGCACUAUUGAGGAGCGUAUUCGCAAGCGAGCUUUGCAGAAGGAGGAAGUGCAGCGUGUUGUCAUUUCAGGCGGCGCAGCUGGUGGGGUUGACUUCAAUACUCGCAACCGCGAGAGCCGAACCAAGGACAUCGCCAUGUGGUUGGCAGAUGAUGAACAAGCGGAGCUUAUCGAGCAAAAGGAGAAGGAAGCGCUGGACCGGGGCGAAGUGUUUGGCGUUAGUAAAGGCGGGAAGAAAGCUGCUCAGAAGAGAAAGAGAGAUAUCACGCUGGAUGAUAUGUAUCAUGAAGGUAUGUGGAUCUGAUCAAAGCUCUCCGUUCCGGGGAGGCUUCUGAUAAUGGCACUAACCGCAUCAAUCUAUAGGUGAAGGGAACUUUGACGAUGCCAGUGCAAAGCCAUCAGGAGCGGCCACUCCUGUGUCAACUGCAGAGAAUUUAGGCACCCCAUCAUCCACGCCAGUUCCUAAACGAGGACGUGGCAGGGGGGCAGGAAAAGGCACGUCUAAAAGAGCCAAAACUACCAAGGAGCGAUUACGUCUCAUUGAUGGCGAUGGAGGCUUGGGGCCUAGUUGAUUCAAUCAACUUGUACCUCAAUAAUUGACACGGCUGGUUAUGGUCAUGGCGUUCAGAGAUUGCAUUUAUUUCUUUCUUUUUUAAACCCCUCUUCUUCUUUUUUUUGUUAUUUUUCAUUUAUCAUUUAUUGGAAGCUUCUUGUGGGCAGCUUACGUUCCGCCUUGUAUUAACAGCAUAUAUUUCUGAUUCCUGAUGUACGAAGCGAUUAAAGAGUCAUUGAAGACGAGGGAUGAAACCUGUGGUAAUCAGCCAAUAGUGGCAAAGCGAAGGUGAAGAAAAAGUCGAGUGCGAAUUUUGAAAUUGAUGGCAAGAUAGACAUGCAGUUGUGUAUUUGUUAGUAGUCUGUACGGUGUGAAGUUGACGGCUACCACCCGGCUAUUUUUACUAAGUGGUUGUACUGUAACUACAUCUGGAUACCGAAUGUGGCCACCUUGUCGAGG